GGUUUGGCGACAAAACAUGUCUUCGAAAAGGAAAACAGAUAAUAUACCGGCAGAAGAGAGCGACCAGCUCCUUAUCAGACCGCUAGGAGCUGGUCAGGAAGUUGGGAGGUCAUGUCAUAUGUUGGAGUUCAAAGGCAAGAAAAUAAUGUUAGACUGUGGUAUCCACCCUGGCCUCAGUGGUAUGGAUGCUUUACCAUUCACAGAUCUAAUAGAACCGGAGGAAAUAGAUCUUCUACUCAUAAGCCACUUUCACUUAGACCAUUGUGGUGGUCUUCCGUGGUUUCUAGAAAAGACAGCAUUCAAAGGACGUUGCUUCAUGACACAUGCAACUAAGGCCAUCUAUAGGUGGUUAUUAUCAGAUUAUGUGAAAGUCAGUAACAUUGCCACUGAGCAGAUGUUGUACACUGAUGAUGAUAUAGCUCGCAGCAUGGAAAAAAUAGAGACUGUUAAUUUUCACCAGGAGACUGAAGUGAAUGGGGUGAAGUUUUGGUGUUACAAUGCUGGCCAUGUAUUGGGUGCUGCCAUGUUUAUGAUUGAAAUUGCUGGUGUAAAGAUUCUUUAUACUGGAGAUUUCUCAAGGCAGGAAGACAGACAUUUAAUGGCUGCUGAAAUCCCAAACAUUCACCCUGAUGUCCUCAUAAUUGAGGCGACAUAUGGGACACAUAUCCAUGAACCACGGGAAGAACGGGAAGCCAGAUUUACAGGAAUAGUUCAUGAUAUUGUUGAAAGAGGUGGUCGGUGUCUCAUUCCUGUCUUUGCUUUAGGAAGAGCUCAGGAGCUUUUACUAAUUUUAGAUGAAUACUGGGCCAAUCAUCCAGAGUUGCAUGACAUUCCUAUAUAUUAUGCCUCUUCGCUGGCCAAGAAGUGUAUGACUGUCUACCAGACCUACAUAAAUGCCAUGAAUGAGAAGAUACGCAAACAGAUCAGUAUCAGCAAUCCAUUUGUUUUCAAACAUAUAUCAAAUCUUAAGAGUAUGGAGCACUUUGAGGACAUAGGACCAAGCGUAGUAAUGGCAUCCCCUGGCAUGAUGCAGUCUGGACUGUCCAGGGAACUGUUUGAGAGUUGGUGUACAGAUAAACGCAAUGGCACCAUUAUAGCUGGUUAUUGUGUAGAGGGAACACUGGCCAAGCAUGUGUUAUCUGAGCCAUCUGAGAUCAUCACUAUGCAGGGUCAGAAAUUACCACUAAAGUGCUCUGUUGAUUACAUCUCAUUCUCAGCCCAUACAGACUAUGCACAGACCAGUGAGUUCAUCAAGGCCUUGAGACCCCCUCAUGUGGUUCUUGUACAUGGUGAGGCUAAUGAAAUGAACAGGUUGAAGUCAGCUCUACUGAGAGAGUAUGAGGAGACUCCAGAACACCAUCUAGAGAUCUACACACCCAGAAACACUCAAGCCUUGGAACUUCGCUUCAGGGGAGAGAAGAUGGCAAAGGUUGUUGGUAGCCUUGCUAGAAAGAGACCUGAGCAGGGUGAUUCUCUGUCUGGUAUACUUGUGAAAAGAAACUUUAACUAUCACAUUAUGGCACCUACAGACCUACAGAAUUAUACUGAUUUAGCUAUGAGUACUGUUACCCAGAGACAAAGUGUACACUAUACAGGAACAUUUGCUCUCCUUCAAUUCUACCUCAACCAACUUGCUGGUGAAGUAACAUUGACAAAGUCAGGAGAGAACAAAGCCAUAAGAGUGUUCAAGCAUAUUCUUGCCAUACAUGAGCAGGGCAGAAUGGUCAUCAUAGAGUGGGUGGCUACUCCCGUUAAUGACAUGUAUGCUGAUGCCGUCCUCACUGCUGUUCUCAAGGCAGAGACUGACCUUUAUGCACAGAAAGGGAUGAAAGUUUUGCCAAGCCCAGUGACAGUGGACAAGAUCCACUUUAGGGAAUGCCUGAUGGAGAUGCUUGGGGAGAUGUUUGGUAAAGAAUGUAUCAACAAACUCAUCAAGGGAGAUAAGAUGACUCUCAACAUUGACAACAAAACAGCAGUGAUAUAUCUCAAUAGUCUUGAAGUAAAGUGUGAGGAAGAUGACACUUUACAACAGAUGAUCCACACAGCAGUCACCAAACUACACCAGUCUAUAACACCUGUAAAGACUUGAUAGUUGGCCUGGAGAUUUGAUUGUUUGACUGUAGGCUUGAGUGUUCGCCUGUGAAGACUUGAUAGUUUGCCUCGAGAUUUGAUUGUUUGCCUGUAGACUUGAGUGUUCGCCUGUGAAGACUUGAUAGUUGGCCUGGAGAUUUGAUUGUUCGCCUGUAGACUUGAGUGUUCGCCUGUAAAGACUUGAUCGUUCCCGACAUGUGUAAAGACUUGAUUGUUUAUUUAAGUAC